CACACACACACACACACACCGCCGAACUUUCCCUACAGUGCUGAUACACGGUGCUUGCAUUUGCACACUCCUCUGUUAUGUAAUAAUAUAACGGUUAUUUUCGGAUUGUCCGGGAUGCGCGAGGAUUCCUAAAAAGGGUGCGGGUGUUUUUUUGUUUUGUUUAAAAUGGCACCCAUCUCAACACUUCUGUGGCUCGCGAUCUGCGUGGUCGCGUUUGCAGGAAGCGCGGCCGAGGUGUGCGGGGGAGUGCAUUGCCCGGGCGCGUGCACAGGCGCGCGGUGCGCCUCGGGUCGCGCGGACACGCUGCGGCGCCCGGUCGUGCCGUACACCAUCAUCCACCCGUCCGUGGUCGCGCGCCAGGAGAACGCCAGGAGCAACAGUGCAGCGGUGGAGGCGCAGGCGCAGGCGCAAGCACGAGCACAAGCACGCGACGGCUGCGCUGGCGUUGAGCAGUGCGCGCAGACCAAGCGGCGCCCGUGCGCCGGGCGCGAGUGCAUCACGCACAUGCGCGACGGAGCAGAGCGCGCGCCGCGGGAGUUCGGAUCCCAGAACGGAAUUCAGCUCGCGUGUGACAUCAAACCAGGCUCUAACGAAGUCCCAUCUGAGGAUGCCCUGGUGCUGCAGAUUCACGUGGCGAAGGGGCAGCAGAAGCUUGUAGAGGAGCUCCGGGCUCAACAGGCUGAGGUCAGGCAUCUCCAGAAUGGCUUGAAGGAUCAGCAGGACAUCCUGCUGGCCCAGCAGAAGGAGAUUCUGGACCAACAGCAGAGGAUUUACGAACAGAUGGAGCAAGUGAAGGUGCAAUACCGCCUGGUUAUGGACAACUUCAGAAAUGUGGCCCAAUACAAAGAUCUAGAGGGCAAUCUGGACAGCCUCAGGUCUGAGAUAAGGACACACAGCCGGGAAGCUUACACUAUACCCAAGGUGGACAUGGAGGAGAGUGUGAUGGAGGUUGGAAGACAGAUGCCUGGUUGCAGCUCCUGUCAAGCAGAUGAGUAUUGCAGUUUUAGUGGGGAUUGGCCAAGAUGCGAGAAGUGUACCAUUUGUCUUCCGGGAUUUUUCCUGGUAUCCCAGUGCUCCCUUCACGCUGACAGGAUGUGUCAGGACAGAGAUGAAUGCUUGGAGAUGCAGCACUUAUGUGGUGACCAAAACCGGUGUCUCAACACGCCAGGUGGAUUCAGAUGUACAGGAAUGUCGGCAAAAGACGCGGCUGCUGGAAUGUGUGGUCAUUCUUAUUUCUACAAUUCCGAGCUGCAGGAAUGCCAGGCUUGCUCGGAAUGUGAUUCCCAGAUCAUGGCAUCUCCUUGCUCAGCUAUGAGGGACACUGUUUGUUCCAGCUCGUCUGAGACCAGAUUGUCCCUUUCCUGGUCUGGGGAGGUUUCUCUGGUCCAAGGUAGCGAGUUUCCCAACAUGCAGUUGCGCAUCCAAGGGCACAGUGAUGGAGCACUCGUUUCUUGCACCAACAAUUGGUUAGUUCUGCAUCAGCAUGGACUUGUCUGGGUCGACCAUAACCUAGCUUUGAGGCACAGAUGUAGUAGUUUUAUCCAAGCAGGUUUGAGGUUGAAUUCCAGCGAGGAUGGAGGAAGGGACCUGAGCGGAGUGCGCGUAGAGCAAAGAGAAGGGAAAUCCCUCCAGAGCAUCAGUGUAACCGGGGUGACUAUUGUGGAUCCAGGUCACAUGUUGUCCCUGUUUCUUAAGAGCACUAGCAAUCAUUGUAAUACUGAAAAUGAGAAGGUGCACCUUCAACGAGGCCUCGUGGCACCAUUCAGUUUGCUCUGGCUCUCUCAUGAUACAGGCGCUAUAGCCAUGACUGCUCAGACCGUGGUUUCACCGCACUUCCAUACCAAUUACCGGCCUUCCUUUCGUACAUCUUCCAUCUCUGAUCCCUACAUGGUGACUCUGAGCCAUGACAAUCGUGGUAUACGCUUUACAGAGAAGGGCACAGUGAAAUUUAUUUUGCAACAAGCGGUCUACUCAAUGGGUCAAGCUUGUGUAUCUGAGGGAUUCUUCCUAUUAGCGUAUGUCAACCGGAAUGGAAGCAGUGUUGAACUGACGAGAGUCUUCAGGCCUGGUGUUCACUACAGAGACACAUCCAUAUCUCUUUCCACCGCCACUACAGUGGACGCUGGCGACACUCUCACUUUUGAAAUCCUAGCACCAGCACAGUGCAGUGUGCGCUACUUCUGUGAUGACUCUGGGAUUAGCAUGCUAAGUCUGAUGUGGAUCCCUUCCUCUGUGUCCUCUGCCCUGUCAGCUACUAUAUCCAAAAGAAGUCUUCCCUUUGGUGCUGUAAGGAACAAGCCCCUGUUUUUUCACCAAACAUCCCCAACAGUGGCACAACUAGAGCUAGCUAGCACAAACAAGCAGCAUGCGCAUCGUAAUUUCAUCUUCCGGGAGGGAGGAACAGCUAGCGUUGCUCUGGACUUGAGGCUGAUACACUCCUGCAGCAUGAUUGAACUUGCUUUGGUUCAGCAGGGAGCAUCGCCAACGGUCCUUGCUCGCCAACUUGGAGGUCAGAUGCCAGAAGGGAGUGAAUGGGCUAGCUUAGGGCUCAGGGUGUCAUUCCCUGUGCAAAACGGCACCGAAGUGUACGUCACGGUGGACUGCGUGCGGGGACGCCUUAACCAGAUUGCCCAUGAUGCAGGAAGUAGCAUUUCCAUCCUCUGGAUUGCAGCGUGAAGUUAAGUCACAUGUUUAAGCAUGUUUUAGCCUAUUAAUGAUAGUCAUAUAUCUAGUACAAGUAGUGAUGGAGAAGGUAGCAUUUCCAUCAGCAUGUUUCCAUCAGCGAGUUUGAUCAUUUUUAGUUUUAAUUGUAUGUCUAGUGGAGCACAGGUAGUGACACAAGAAGUAGCAUUUCCAUCCCUCAACUUAGGGCAUGUUUUAGCAUACUUUAAUACAAUAGCCUAGCACAAAAAGUGAUGCAGGAAAUAGCGUUUCCAUUCUCUGAAAUUCAGUCGUAAUUAAGCAGGUCACAUGUUUUAGCUUGUUAGCAAUAGUAGUGUAUAUAUAGUAUAGGGUAGCACAGGUCAUGACACAGGAAGUAGCUUUUAUACAACAUAGCCUGCAGCAUGAAUUAAGAAGAUCACACAUUACAGGUGGUGACAUAGGAAGUAGUAUUACCAUUGUAAAUAAAAAUGUUUAAUGUGCUAGCUAUAGUUGUAGUGUAUAUAUAGUAUAGCUUGAGUAGGAACACAGGAAGUAGUAUUUCCAUCUUCUGGACAGGUUACUCAUUCUAGCAUGUUUUAGCUUGUUAUCGAUCACUAUACAGUACAUCUAGCACUGCACAGGUAGCGACAAAGAAAGUAGCCUUUAUAUCCUCUAGACUGCAACAAGAAUUAAGCAGGUCAGAAGAUUUAGCAUGUUUGUAGUUUUAUAUCUAGUGUAGCACAGAUUGAAGUCAUAAUCUAGCCUAGCGUAAUUAGCAUGAUCGUGUCCUGCUAGUUCUCAUGAUGACAGUGAAUGAUUUUCUUGCUUUUGUUAGAUGAUAGCCAUCACUCAGCUGUAUAAUUUAUACAAUGUUAUGUAAAAAUAUGCUAUCCAUGUGUGUGGCUGAACUUUUUUGUGAAAUUCAUAACAAGCUAAAUUUACUGCCGUCAUCUUUAUAGCUUAGCUUAAGCUUUCUGGUUAUAGCCUACGCUAAUUUUAAAUUGUUUUGAGUUUCGUUUUAUUUAAACGCAGUUUAAAGUUGUGCAUAUUUAAAUACCAAGUAAACAUUUGCAUUUUAUUUGUAGUGUUGGGUUUGAUAGUGUUAGCAGUCGUAUGAAAAAUUAAAGACAAGACUUUUGUUUGAAGUAUUUAUAUUCAGAUGAUUUUAGUAUGUAUUUUGUAAGCUAGUACCAUAGCGAUGUAUCUUAAGUCAUAUAAAUCAGUUAUAGAAAAACAGGAUUACAGCUUAACAAUGUCGUUUGAAGUGAAUAUUUAAAGAUAUUAAGUGCGGAUUUCACACUUAGCUUUUUUUUUCAGUAAAAAAAAAACAUCUCGCAUACGAUGCGUAGCUAGGAUCGGCUAAACAACUAGCCUAGCUUGCUCGCUAGAUUAGAUUUAUUAUUGUCAGUAAUACAGAUGAACUAAAGAUCGGUGUAACUCUGGUGAUGAGGAGAUUAUUUGUCUUCACUGUAACUUCGGAGGCAAAAAUCAAGACACAAACUACAAGCAACAUGGGAGACUUAUCGCUUGUUAAUGUGUACAUAGAGUUAGCUUGUAUUAGCAUUGUCAUUCCACUGUAUUUUGGGGCUAAAGGUUAACAUUGUGAUGCAAUUUUAUUUUUUGAUGAACUGUAUGUACAUAAUGUAUCAUUGGUGCUUCGUCAGUACAUUGCUGUAUUACAUUCUUACAUAUUAUAAAUACAAAAGGGAAAAAACAUAGUAUGUUUUAAAAAAUAACACAAAUUAAUUUCCUUAAUAAAUUUUAUGCUGCCAAAGACAGUAGCAUGA